AAAUAAAGAUAUAAGAUACCAAAAUAAGCGCCAAAGUGGAGGGAAUUCUCUCUCUAAAAUCUCUGUCUCUCUCUCAGAUUCUCUCCCCCUCACUCUCUCUCAAAUUGCUCAAAUAUCUCUCUCUACCGUUUCCUUGCUAUCUCACAAGCCCUUCUUCCAACUAAAACCCUACCUGUGUAACAUUAUACACACCCUUUUCUUUGUAAUUCACAUUACAUAAUUUGUUUAAAUUUAUUUAGUACUGAUUAGUAAGAAUCUAUACCUGUUUCAGAUCUGCUACUCAAUACCCAUUACUUCAAAAUCAUUGAUUUUGAUUAAUUUUCAGGGCGAGAAAAAGAUUGAAUUUUGAUGGCAGAAAUGCAUGGUGGGAGUGGAAAGAAUGGUGGGUUUGAUCCAAGCAAGCUUCAUUUGAAGAAGGAAUUUACUCAAAUUAAGAAAGCUUCGAAGGUGCUUAAAGACCCUGGCACAAGUUCUGCUUGGAGGUCUCCUUUGAGUUCAGGUAGAGCUUUGUCUCAUGUUUCGGAUGCGAUAUCGAAUGUGAAUAAUCAUUACUAUCAUCAUUGUAGGAAUAGUGGUAAUGAUAAUGUAAUUAGUCGUGAUGGUAUUAGUAAUGAGGGUUUUCUUAAGGCUGGAGAUGAUGAUGAUGAUUGUAGUGGGAAGGGGAAGGGAAAAGGGGUGUUUUUGUGUAACUGGAAAGCUAGGAGAUCGGAGCCCGGAAAGAGUGAAGGAAAGGGUCAGGGAAGUGGGUAUAGGGGAAGUGGUGAGGCUAGUGGAAGUGACGAUGAGAGUGAGGGUGGUGAUGGUUUGUCUUCCAUUUUUCCUGGAGAGAGUGUUGAUGACUGCAUGAGUGAUGGUCGAGAUGGCGGUGGAGGGGCCUUGAAGAGUGGUAGAUAUGUAGGGGAUAGGUAUGCCUCAAUGCUAUACAAGUACAGGAAUACCAAUUCUGGUAAAAGGAAUAUAGUGAAAAAAAGGGUAAAAACGAGUGCACAUUCUGCUGCUUUAUGGAAGCGACAUCAGCAGCAGAUUGUGGUUAGGAAGAGUUCAAAGCCGGGAUCAGGGCACGUGCCUCUGAAUUUGAGGCGGGAUGACUUGGUAAGUUUAGUCGACCGAUCUGAUACAAGUGAUUACUUCAAUUCUGAUGAUUUACGUCGGUACGCCGCUGAAUCACCUCUGCUGGCACGGGUUAAGUCGACAAACUUGUUAGGAGGCAGUCGGAAAGAGGAAUCCUUGUAUUCAUAUGGCACCCCGGCAAUGUCUACAAGUUCGUUGCAGUUGUAUGGCACUAAAAAUUCAAGCACUGUUAGGUCUUGGGAUGCUACUACCAACUCGUACAAUGAUGGUAAAAAUGAGGUGGAUGAUCAUUUCGACUUCGUAGGUCAGCAGGGAUGUGGGAUACCAUGUUACUGGUCUAGAAGGAGCACACCAAAGAAAAGAGGGGCAUGUAGGAGUUUUUCACCAUCGCUUUCUGAUACUUUUAGGAGUAAAGGAAGGAGCAUUUUAUGUGGAAGACAAAGCAUGUAUAAUAAGCGAAGUACUGGAUUCUCUUUAAGUUCCCAUAAGAAGAGAGUUGGAACUGAUCAAGGCCUUAUACCUUUGAUCAGCAGUAGCGGUGCAGGCAUAGGUGGAUCUUCACUAGGAGUUAGCAAUGAAGAGCUCUCAAGUAACUAUGGAGAACUUGAUUUAGAGGCAUUGAAUCGUCUAGAUAGAAGGAGAUGGUCAGCAAGCUGCCGGAGUAAAGAAGGGUUGGAGCUAGUAGCCGUGAAUGGGGACGGAGAAUCACAAAGCACUCCUGAGAAUCUUAGAAGCCUGAGUCAAAAAUACAGGCCAGUGUUUUUUGAAGAUUUGAUAGGCCAGAAUAUUGUUAUUCAAUCUCUUAUGAAUGCAAUUCUCAGGGGAAGGAUUGCCCCAAUUUAUCUUUUUCAUGGUCAUCGUGGUACGGGAAAGAAGUCGGCGGCCAGGAUUUUUUCGACUGCUUUGAAUUGCUUCGCCAAUGAUGAAAGCAAGCCUUGUGGGGUUUGCAGGAUUUGCACUGAUUUUCUUUCAGGAAAAUGUAAGGAACUUACUGAAGUUGAUGGCUCCAACAAGAAUGGCAUUGCAAAAGUUAGGCAUCUCUUGAAAAUCUUGUCAGCAGAUCCUCCAUCAACCUCUACCCUUCACAAAAUUUUUGUUGUUGAUCAGUGUCACCUAUUACCUGCAAAGAUAUGGUUAACUUUCCUAAAGUUUCUUGAGGAACCCCCUCCGCGUGUUGUGUUCAUAUUUAUAACAACCGAUGUUGACAGCGUUCCACGUUCUAUUCUAUCACGGUGCCAGAAGUACCUUUUUAUCAAAAUCAGAGAUGGUGACAUUGCAUCAAAGUUGAGAAAUAUUGCUGAUGAAGAGGAUUUAGAUGCUGAAUUAGAUGCACUGAAUUUGAUUGCGGUGAAUGCAGAUGGUUCUCUCCAUGAUGCAGAAACUAUGUUGGACCAGUUGUCUUUGUUAGGCAAAAGGAUCACCACGUCUUUGGUCAAUGAACUUGUGGGAGUUGUAUCUGAUGAGAUACUGCUUGAGCUAUUGGAGUCGGCUAUGUCAUCAGAUACAGCUGGAACAGUAAAGAGAGCGAGAGAGCUGAUGAACUCAGGAAAUGAUCCAUUACUAUUAAUGUCCCAGCUGGCCACGCUAAUUAUGGAUAUUAUAGCAGGAACUUACCAGAUUGUUGAUGCCAAAUACAGCGACUCCUUAAUUGAUGGAAGAAGCUUGAAUGAAGCUGAACUAGACAGAUUAAAACAUGCUUUACACCUUCUCUCCGAGGCUCAGAAGCAUCUAAGGGUUUCAAGUGAAAGAUCAACAUGGUUUACUGCAACCCUUUUGCAGCUAGGCUCUGUACCUUCCCCAGUGCCCACUCAAACAGAAAGCAGUAGGAGACAAAGCUCUAGAACAACUGAGGAUCCAUUAAGUACUUUCAAUAACGGUAUUUCUCAAAAUCUAGGGCCCGCCACUCAAUACACAUCACGAAGGUCCGCCUCUCCAAUGUCCUUACAUAAAGCCACUCACCGAAAUUCAACCAGUCAAGAUGAUGGACUUGAUCUCAAUUCAAAUCCUGCUCUUAGCCAAUUUAAGAAUGGUAAUUCAUUGAAUGUCUCCCAUGCAAAUAUUGGGGAUGAAACAAGGUCAAAUAUGCUGGAUGAUAUUUGGAUCCGAUGUAUUCAAAGCUGUCAUUCAAAGACACUGAGGCAGUUGCUUCAUAAUUAUGGCAAACUUGUGUUGAUAUCUGAAGUUGAAGGUAGCUUUGUUGCAUACAUUGCAUUUACUGACAGUAAUAUGAAACUCAGAGCCGAAAGAUUUCUUAGCAGUAUCACAAACUCAUUUGAAGUUGUUAUGCGAGGCAGCAAUGUAGAGGUCAGGAUUGUACUUUUGCCAGAUGAUGACCCCUUCAUUAAUAGUGAAAGACAAUUGGUUUUGGUAGAUCCCAUGGUCAAAGAGCACGAAACUCAGGUACCACAAAAGCUAUCAAGAGCAAGCUUGAACGAUUUUAAUGUUGAUAUACCUGGAAAUUUACAAUCUACUUCAAGAUCACUAUCAACGAAGCCCGAAGUCCCUGCUCCCAGGAUUGAGUCGGUCAACCAUGAACAGCAAUUAGAAACUGCAUAUUUGCAGACUGCAGAAAAAGUGAGUCCUGGAUCACUAAAUCAUUCCAAACCUGAGAGGAAUCAAGUUCUACCCCAAGUUGACGUCUACCAUCAAAAUCAGAUGGAUUUCAUGGAUCCUGCAAGCUUGACCUCUCAGCGUUGGGAAGAUGAGUUGAAAGAGGAAUUUAGUGCCUUGAAAAUCUAUGAUGUAAAAGAGGCAACUCAAAUUAGUCAAGCUGGUCCAAGAUUCGACCUUUAUCCGAUGUCUCCAAGUUUAUUGCACAAUAGGAGCUAUGUGAGUGAUCUCAGCAGAGAAAGCACGGGGUAUAAAUCGAGCUCAGGAGCUGGAAGAUGUAGUGGAAUGUUCUGCUGGAAUAACCACAAACAUCGUGCAAAGGGAAAGAUUAAUCAACAGACACGGGCUCCAGUUCGUAAGCACAAACCCAAAGGUGGUCAUUUUUUGUGGUUGGAUUGUGCAAGAUCUACUAAAAUAAAGGAUAAACAUAGAAAGAUAUGAUGGGAUUGUGCAAAGUCGACUAAGGGGAAACUUACAAGAUAGU